AUGACAAUGAAUGAAACAUUUGGCGCAUGCAACCUCUCCCGCUCAAUUCCAACCACAACCGUCAACAAACAACAACAAGUAAACGAUAUCAAGAUGAGGGACGCUUGUAUGAUUCCCAUGAACAAAAGCCAGGUGGGGUCCGCAGGAACGUACUGCGAUACCUACAGCAGUGCCCUUCCCGCCAGCGUGGCAGCACAGCUCGAGUUGACUGACAAAGAGUUCGACCACGAAGCGGUGAUGGCCCCUUCAACUCCCCAAUGCUCGUGGUUGAUCAGCUUCACGCGCGCACUUCGCCCUACCCGAGUCCUUGAACUCGGCACGUUCACAGGCGUCAGUGCAUUGGCGUUCUACGAGGCAACCAAGGACACCCAGGCAGACAUUAUCAGUAUCGAUGUCUCCGAGAAAUUCUUGAAGAUUGCGCAGGAUGCCUUCAUCCGCCAUGGAGCUACCGAUCGCAUUCGAACCAUCCAGGGAGAAUGUCUGAAGAUGCUGACGACUCUUGAGGGAGAAUUUGAUCUUAUCUACAUCGACGCUGCGAACGAUGAGUAUGAGGACUACACCCGCUUCAUUCUGGACCACAAGUUGCUGUCCCGCCAUGGAGUGAUUUUAGUGGAUGACACCUUACACGAAGGCAGCGUCGUCGAAGAGUCGUUGCUGACGAAGAUGAAGGAGGAAAAACACCCAGUCUAUGUUUCAUGGGCAGACCCUGUCCACAACUUCAACCGGUACGCCGCUUCAGAGGCACGCGUGUACACAACUUUGCUGCCAAUCUUCAACGGGGUGACUCAGAUUAUGUGGAAGGGUCACAACAACGUGUAG